CAACUUAAAUUAUAGUUCCUAUUAAGAUUUCCUUCAGAAUAACGCAGUGCUAAUGCCAAUACAACGGCAGGAAACAUCUCCCGGGAGACCGACAAAGUACGCUAUGUUGAGAAGGUGCGAUAUUUGUUAUAGGGAAAUGCCCGACUUCGAUGAGAGGCUGGAAGCCGUAUGUCUUUGUGAGGGAAUUGAAACACAGUUCCACUAUCGCUGCCUGUGUAACAAAAUACGGCAAUUUGAAGCUGCGAAUCCUGGAGUCAACGCAACGUGUUGGGUUUGCAAUUCACCUUACAACAUUUUUCCGAAAAAGGGGUACAUGAUCAACUUUGUAGAGGUCUCUGGAAGCAAAAUAAUCACCUGGCUAGAUUUCUACACUCAUGUCGUGUGUGUUUACGUGUUUUCUGAGGCGGCACUCACUACGUACGGUCUCAUGGCGCUUGCUUACAUCUAUGGGACAGAGGGGGCCAAGAAGAUUGUACUGUCCCUGCAUCCAAUAAUUGCUGUGACGCUAUGCAUGAGCAUACCCUACUCUGCCAUUUUCAUAGAUAUCUUUCCAUGGGAGGAGAUGGUGUUGUAUGGCUUACGCAGAUGCUCUAACUUACCAGUUAUCGGAAGAAUCUUUCCGGAAGAAUUUCCAAAUGCUAUACAGGAAGAGCCUAGGAAUACGUCUUACUAUCAAAUCGUCGGAGGAGGAAUGAUGCUGCCUGUUUAUGCUAAACUCGUGGGAGAUAUUUGGUUUAGUGGCACUGACUCAAUAUUGCACCGCCUGGUACUUGGCGGCAUUGCGUUCAUUGCUGUCAGAGGGAUCCUGUUAAUGUACGGAAGGCAAAAGUCCUAUAUACGAACUAAUACUAUGUCAAUUACCACCAGAUAUCGAGCUCGACAGUGGUAAUCAGAAGAGAAAUGGUCGCAAAAGCACUCUUCAUCAACAAAUGUUAGUAAAUUGAUUCAAAUAUUCA